ACCGUCAACUACCUGCUGGAGACACUCAUCAAGCGCUCCUUCACAGGCGAGUGGUCCCACCUGCCGGCCGAGGAUGUGGUUGGAGCUCUGGACCUCGGUGGGGCUUCAGCCCAGAUCACGUUCCUUCCUGGGACCACCAUAGAUGACAGCAGCACGAGAACCUUCCUCAGGCUGUAUGGGGCCAACUACUCCAUUUACACCCACAGCUACCUCUGCUAUGGACAAAAGCAAGCCCUGAAGAUGCUGAUGGCAUCCUUACACCAGGGCAGCCCGACGCCCCAGCAGAUAUCACACCCCUGCUACCCCAAGGGAUACCAGGAGAACGUCACCACGGCAGACCUCUACGACAGUCCCUGUGUCCAUGCACCGAGCACACCCAGCCCUGCACAGGUCCUCACGGUGACAGGGACAGGGGACCCAGCUGAGUGCAGCACCGCCAUCCAAAAACUCUUCGACUUCAGCUGUGGGGCCAACAGGACGUGCGGGUUCAACAGGGUUUAUCAGCCCCCUGUGCGGGGACAGUUCUUCGCCUUUUCAGGGCUUUAUCACGACCUCCACUUGCUGAACCUGACGGGAGGGCAGUCCCUGAUCUCAGUCAAUGCCACCAUCUGGCAACUCUGCAGCAGCAGCUGGGAGAAGGUGCAGAAGGAGUUCCUGGCCGUGAACAGGACCCACCUCCGUGAUGCCUGUGCAGCCAGCUCCUUCGCCCUCACCCUUCUCCUGCAAGGCUACAAAUUCAACCACGAGACAUGGCUCAACAUCCACUUUGUCCAGCAGGUCACUAAUGUAGACGUGGGCUGGACACUUGGCUACAUGCUCAAUCUCACCAACAUGAUUCCUUCAGAGACUCCCCAGAGAGUCGUAGGGCUCCAGAGGAGCAACUGGAUAGCAGCCACGGUAUUAUUGGCCAUCAUGGUCAUCCUCAUCUUCUGCCUGCUCAUAGUCAUAUGCUGCCAGAAAAACUCCUUUGGUUAUGAGAGGCUCUAG